GCGUUCCCCACGGAAGGUGCAGGGGCGUGGAGUCUCUCGUUUUGUUUUCUUGCAGUGCUCCCCUUGCUCUUGAACUAUGUGUGUUGCUAGGGAAACGGCAGGGUGAGAAAAAAUUAGCAUUCUCCUCCCCUGGGAGCCGAAGUUCUCGCAGCAGCAAACCAACUGCCAGCAGCCUGCCCUUCCUUCUCCUCUCUUACCCUCGGGAGGCCCAGACUAGAGAAUGAGACAGGUAUUCUGUGGCAGCGUCAGCAACAGCCGCCGGUAGCCUACAGUCCUUUGGUAAAGCUCAAGGUACUCAAAGCUGAGCCAUUACUAGGUGGAGAGAAAGGCUGUCCUGUCCAGAGUAAAGAAGAAUUUGGACUUUGCUGUGCUCAGGUGUGCAGGCCAAAGGCUCCAUUAGAAGAAGUGGAUUGAAGCACGGCUAUGAGUAGUCCCAGUGCCAAGCCAACAUUUCUUUCACAGCCAGUGGUGAAGAGCGUGAUGGUGUAUCGCAAUGGAGACCCGUUCUUCCCAGGGCGCCGAGUGGUCAUUCAUGAGAAGAAGGUGUCUAGUUUUGAUGUCUUCCUAAAAGAAGUGACUGGUGGGAUGAAUGCUCCCUUUGGGGCUGUGCGGAAUAUCUACACACCCCGUGGUGGGCACCGCGUCCAGCAACUAGAUGAGAUUCAGAGUGGAGAGCACUAUGUCGCUGGUGGCAGGGAGGCCUUCAAAAAACUCAACUACUUGGACAUUGGAGAACUGAAGAAAAGACCUAUAGAAAUGAAUAAUGAGGUGAAGCCAGUUACACACAGCAAAAUCAAUGUGUCUGCACGGUUUCGAAAGCCUCUUCAGGAGCCAUGCACUGUUUUCCUGAUUGCUAAUGGUGACCUUGUAAGCCCAGCUGUGCGUCUUUUCAUCCCAAGAAAAGCACUAACUCAAUGGGAUCAUGUUCUCGAAAUGGUUACUGAAAAAGUUACACUAAGAAGUGGUGCUGCGCACAGGAUCUACACUUUAGAUGGAAAACCUGUUGAGUGUGGGCUGGAUUUAGAAAAUGGGCAGUUUUAUGUAGCAGUUGGUAGAGAUAAAUUUAAGAAGCUGCCCUAUAGUGAAUUGCUGUUCACCAAGUCGACAAUGAGGAGGUCUUAUGGUUCUAAAUCAUCCUCACUACCUCCUGUUGGUGGAUCUGGAAAAUCUAAGGGGAGUUCCAAAUCUACUGACACAGCAGAGACAGUGUCCUCUCCACAGCCUCCAAAGAGAAAGGAAAAGCAUGUACAGAAUCAAGAUAUGAAAAAGCCUGCUAAAACAAAAGAAAAUGUAAAAGCAGUGACCAAAUCUCAUAUUCUCUUGGAUAAUGACGAGGGAGUUUACAAGGCUGGCAAAAAGCACUCUGAAAUGAGGGGGGCUGUGGAAGUCCAGGAAGAUGAAGACACUCAAACUGAGGUCCCACUUGACCAGCGGCCAGCAGAAACCGUGGAUGAGGAAGAAAACAUGGCAGCAGAAUGUAAAACUCGGCACCAAGAAGAAUAUUCAGCCAUGAAUGGGGAGGCAUAUCAGGCCAUCAAUGGAACAGAAGAGAAACUAAAUGGCCAUUAUGAUGACGAACAGCAAGGGCAGAACCUGGACCAGGUAGCACAAGAUGAGCUUGGUAGUCAUGCACAUGGUGAAACAAAUGAAGAAAAUGGUGAAAAAAUGGAUCAAAAUCAUCAAGAAGAAGAAACAAAAGAAGGUAUUGAUGAUCAAACCCAGGCUGAUUCCAGUUAUGAAAAAAACUCCACUCCAAGAGUCACCAUCACCAGUCCACAGGAAAGUGAAAAAAAUGAACAAACCAAUGAGUACGCAGCAGUAGCAUAGACAUAUUUCAAAGGACAUAAGUUACCAGAAAAUGAAGGAUUUUCUAUUUGGGAUGCAAAGCAUUUUUUGUGUGCUUUAUUAAUUUAUAAUGUGACAAUAUGGUCGAGCUCCACCCAUUGAACCCCAGCAUGAUAAUGUGGUAUCCAAAACUUAGAUAAUUAAUGAAUAAUUAAGAGGAAGAUUGAAUUAUAGUCACAAGAUUUGAUCUUUCUCCAGUGUGAAUCUUAAGGGAAAACAUAGGCGUUAAUUUUAUAAAUUGCAGAAUGUUGAAUACUGAACUAGCCCCCAUGUAUGCUACGUUUAGAAGAGCUGAAGAAUAUUUUUGUGACUUUAAAAUGGAGAACUUAUAAUAUUUUUAUAGCUGAAUAAAUGUCUACGAAUAUGAGCUGUGGUGUAUUUCCAGGAUGUAAUUUAGGGGUAUAAGCCAGAUUCUGACUUUGUGAUAUGGAGAGUGAGGGUAGAAAAUCUAAACAAUACAGAAAUUUGCCUUGAUCCAGAGUUCACUGACCUCUGCUGGGCACAUGGGCUGUUGCGUGCAUGGGCUGUUUCAAAGGAAUGUACAUACAGACCUGCUGUCUCUUUUGAAAAGAAUGGAGAAGCCAUUGCAAGUCGGUGUGCUAGUCAGAGCUGCCAUGUCAGGAACUGACUGCUGUAUAGGGUGAUAAAAUGUGGCCACAAGAUGAAGGACUU